CCCCUUCUUUCCAUGUAGGAUUUGCAGUGGUCCAGUAGUUCAGUAGUGAUAGGAGGAUCGGUGGCUCACUUCUCCCGAAGAAGGUUUAUUAGGAAGAGCCACGAAUCUCUAAUCCCCUCCGCCUCCGCCUCCGCCUCCGAGUGCUCACUCGCGAUUGAAGUUUGUGAAGGAGGCGAUCUAAGCUUUUGAAGCCUCAGGUUUUGUUCGUAACAGGUUCAUCAGGGUGGGAGUAAUUGUGAAGAACAUUGAAACCCUAGAAAGAAAUGGACAAGACUGUUGUAAAAGAGAAAUCAAGUAGAAAAAUCAGAGACGAUAAGGAGAGAGACAGAGAUAGGGAUAGAGAUUACAGCAAAGAUCAUCAAAGAGAAUCUGAUUGCCACCGAGAUCAUGAACGAGAUCGAGGCCACAAGCAUCGUACAAAAGACGGGCAAUUUAGAGAAUCUGAAGAAAGGCACCACAGUGAUAGAUAUCGGGAAGAGAAACACUCUUUAAAGGACCACGACACUGUCAAGGAUAAGGUUUCGAGUUCUCGGCACUCCAAGGAUGAUAGGUAUAAAGAUAGGGGUCGGCAGCGGUCGGGCGACUACACUCAAGAUUACGAAUCAAAGUCCGAGCGAUCUCAUGAACUAAGGGAUGGGAGAGAAGACAAUGAGGGCAUCAAGGAUAGAAUUUCACGUUCCUGGCACUCUAGGGAUGAUAGGCAUCGAGAUGGUGAUCGGCAUCGAUUAAGGGGCCACUCACAGGAUCGUGAAUCAAAGCGCGAGCGAUCUCAUGAGCUGGGGGAUGGGAGAGAGGGCAGCAGGGAUAGAGUUUUACGUGAAGAAUCAAUUGAGAGACGAUCAUCCACUUCACAUAAGAGAAAAGAGCGAGAAGAAAGUGAGGAACGAUUGGAUAAGAGCCAGAAACAGGUUAGGGAUUUGGAUGGAGCGAAGAAAGAGAGGAGAGAAAAAAGGCGGUUUGGAGAUAAGGUUGUUGAUGAUUCUAAGGAUUUGAAUGGAAUUGUCAAGGAUAAGAGUUGGGUGGAAGAAGAAAUGAGAGAAGUGGCUGGAAGUGCUAGGGAGGAAAGAAGAGUGAGACGGAAGUUUGAUGAUCAACUAAAGGAAGAAGGUAUGGUGGUUGUGGAGGAAGAGAUAGAACCAGUUUUGGUUAUAAACUCUGAGAUGAAGGAAGGUGUAGGUGAGCGGAAGGACCAUGCUCAGAGCACUUUCAGUUCAAAUGGAAGUGGUUCCAUAGCUAAUGUGAGUUUGUUUGACUUUAUCUGCUCUUCCUUCAGUUAAGUGUUACUAAUUUUU